UUCUGAUUACAGCACCGGGCCGGUAACCAGUCGCAUUUUAGCAGCCGUUGGCGUCGUUCGUUCGGAAAGAAUCACAACAGAGUCAUUUUGGUAGCUCCUAACCAAUCCCCAUCAUCGAUCUGUGAUCAGUGAAGUGCAAAAGAAAAGAUAUUUUUAGUCUGUUCAAGACACAGUUAAGACGAUAAGGACUAUCUAUAAAUCGGCGGGCAGCCAAACGUGAAACCCGUGCAUCAAGUGGAUUGUUUCUAGAACAUUCAAGCGUUUGAGCUUGAGAAUUUCAAGUGCAAACAGAGUUUCUCGUGAGCAACAAAUCAAUUACAGAAAAUGGGUGUCCAGGAUGUCCAGGAUCACGUGCCGGUGCAGUGCGAUUUUGAAAUUUUCGGACAAGUGCAAGGAUGUGGUUUCACAAAACACUGCAGAGACAACUGCAUAGCGCUCGGCAUUAAAGGGUGGGUGAAGAACUCCAAACAGGGCACAAUUAUGGGCAAAAUGCAGGGAGCCAAGGCCGAUGUCAACAAAAUGGUCGAAUGGCUGUCGAAAACCGGAUCACCUGGCUGCAAGAUCGACAAGGCAGAAUUCACAAACUGGGGCACACUGUCCCGGUUUGCGUUCACAGACUUCGCUAUUAGAUUCUAAGGAUACCCGGAAAUCCGCUUGGUUUAAUUUUAACUGCUAGGGACUCAGCAACAGCAGAGCGUUCAGGAGACUGCUUAUCGCUGAUGAAUCGUGUAAAGAAAGCUGUAACUAAUAAUGUAUAUGUUGAUCCCCGGAAUAUGAGAAAUGUUAUCAACGGUUGAGUUGAUAUUCGACACCAUCAAGGAGGGAUUUCAAACUGAAUAUGUGCUGUAUUUUGUAUGUAUAUUUGUUACAAUUAGAACAUAUUUUCUUUAUUUACGCAUAAUAUAAAGCAAACCUACAAAACAUCGAUUAAUCGAUGCGAAUACCGGUAUCGGAACAGGCUUUAUUUAGCUACUAAUUCAAACACAUUUCUUUUCUUUUCGGGCCCGUAAGAAUCUUUUAGGUAACAGCGCUGUCUAGCUUCUAAGUUCGACAUGUAUAAUUUACCAUUACUUAGAUGAGAUUAUUAAUAAAAAUAUAAAGAUUUAUUA